AUGGAAAGAAGUGAAGAUAGUGCGAGUUUAAGUGACGAUAACGUCUCUGUUUUAUCUGCUGGAUCAUCUUCUUUUGACGAUUCUUACAUCGGAGACGUCGGACUUGGUGUUCGACCCUAUUUAUUUGAACCAGAGGUGGAUUCAGACGAGGAAUUACCCACGCCAAGAUCCCCUGAUAUCGAUCCGACCGAACGUGUUGGGAAUAAUGAUUGGUGUACAUGUGGACACUGUCCUGCUAUGUCAACAGCCCCCGAGUCAAUUUGUUGUAAAGAAAUUCCUCAGAUUUUGACUGUCCUUGAGGAUGAGCAAGGAAAAUGCUGUAUUACGGAGCACAGUGAUUUCCCACCUGUAUGUCUUCACCAUGCUGUUCUGCGUACAGCAUACUAUGCUUACAGACAACACUAUGAAGAGCUCCCUGAAUGCAAUGGACGAUUUAGAUACAUUGCUUAUUGCCAACUGGUCAGAUGGUGCUGGGGUUGGCUUGGAAGAACGGUUAGAGUUCCACUUCCUGCUUGUGCGGUUCAGAGGAUCAGGUCAACAUUUCCCGAAGCAGAUGGCCAGUACCGAGGAUUCAAUUUCGGUUAA